AUGGCACAAGCAGCCGCCCGAACAGGCUCUCAGCCCUCACCGCCGUUGCAGCCACACAGCAACCUUCCUGACACAAUCCCUCGCCAUCCGGAGACUGGUGCACAGAGGACAUGGCCAAAGCUGUUGGGCGUCCGCCAGUGGCGACAUACUGGAACCAACAAUGGGACGUCAUCCAAUGGGACGCCCUUUGCCGGCCGCUUGGGAGGCAACCAGGAAUUCGUGGUCGACCGCUCCAACCCAGCGAAUGCGCAACUCUUGUCCAAGUUGCCCGAUGCGGCGCCAAAUCUGAGCCUCACCGAAGCCUUUGACCUGAGGGGCUUCCGAGAGACGGAUCUCUACAAAGCUGCCUUGAUUGAGUGUUUCGGGACAAUGGUAUUGGUCUUCGCCGCCAGCUGGAACAGUCUGUCACCACCGGGACCGCCUCCCCCUCCGUCGCCGAGUUCGGGAGUGUUCGGCACCUCGUUCUUCAUUGCACCACUCGUAGCCGCCUGCAUCAACGCGAUUCUCAUCACUCUACUGACAUUCUCCUUCGGCGCCGUUUCGGGCGCUCAUAUGAACCCGCUCAUCACCAUCGGCACCUUCUUUGCUCGGCUCACGAGUUUCCCGCGCCUGGUUUUGUACAUGGCCGCGCAAACGUCAGGGGCUGCCCUCGCGGGCCUGUUCCUGCGCGCGGGCGCAGGCACCAGAGAUUUCAAGGUCGGCGGUUGUUAUCUGUUCGAGGAUAUGGUGCCGAUUUCGUCGGCGUUCACUGUCGAGUUUGUCGGCAGUCUGCUGUUGUUACUGCUUGCAUUCGGCGUCGGGCUGGAUCCGCGGCAGCGUGGGAUCUUUGGCCCGGCUGUUGCACCAAUCUUCGUCGGCCUUGCUGCUGGGUCUUGUGCCCUUUGCUUUUCGUUCAGCCGACCGGGCUAUGGCGGUGCCAGUCUGAACCCAGCCAGAUGUUUUGGAGUGUUUGUUGGCAGCCGCUUUCCUGGAUGGCAUUGGAUCCAUUGGGUGGGACCAAUCGCUGCUGGUAUGUUGCACGGAGGCAUCUAUUUCCUUGUCCCGCCAGGGUCUCAACCGACAAGCCCCGUACCUGCGGUUGAGAGAAAUGCCACGAGAAGGGAGAAGAGCAAUGAUGACAGAGGGGUUGUAUAG